GUCCGGUGACCACGCUGCGGACUCUGCCGCCUCUCACACUGCCAUCGAAUUGUUAUCUAAAUAUCCGUUCCUGGGGCUUCGCCUCUAGUGAACGUCGCCGCGAUUUAUGCCGUUAACGCGAUUUAUGCAACAAAUAUAUUCAAUUUCUCUCUAGGUUUCCGAUAAAAUGUGCAAAAGUAUAUUAAAUGAGUCGAGUGCUUGCUUAAUCGAUCGGCUGCAUUAAAAAGGAAAAACUGUUAUUAUCAUUUUGCGGUCAAACUUUGCAGCUUUUGUUGCGCUACAGAAUAGCUACGGGGCUUAACAAAAAUAAUUAAUAAUCAAAGUGGUCAAAAACAGCUUGUGCAUAUCGUAAAAAUUAAGUAUCGAGUGUUGCCGUCCUGUGCUUAGUUCAUACUGUGGACUGUGCGUCGGUUCUUGAGAGGUGUUUUUUAUCGUUAAUUUAGUUGCGAGCUUUGGCGUUUUAUUUUUUAAUUUACUUUUGUAUUUUUUGCUAUUACUGUGAUAAAACGCGAUCCAUGCUUGGAGUUAUGACUACCAUGCGGAGCCAGUGGAGAUAAGCGCGCAUCUAUGCAAAACACGGCAAUCGCACUCCUGGAGACGGCGUCGGCCUACGAGCGAGCCGUGCUGGAAUGUGAGCAUUUGGAAGCAUCGGAGCACGGAGGGUUCCGGUGAGAGCGUUGGCGCGGCAGCGGCAUGGAGGAACGCGGGCCCCCCGACGUGCCGUUGAUCGUAACGCCGCCAUGCGCAGGCGGCGCGGGCGGCGCGGCGCUUACCACCUCGCGACGCGCCGCCUCCGCGCGGGGCUCCCGCGACGAACCACCGCCUUCCACUUGGCGCUCCUCGGUGCGUGUGCGCGACACCAGUUUUCGUGGCUCCCGCAAAAGCGUCGUUCGCCUUGAACCACCCUGUAAUGGCCUCAACGGGUUGCCCGCCAUCGGCAAGGAGGUCCUGUCACUGGGCGCGACGGGCGGCCACAAGGGAACCACGCAACCUUCACACCCCUGCACUAUCCUCCACCAUUCUCCUUAUAAGGCCGCUUGGGAUUGGUUGAUUCUGAUAUUGGUCAUUUACACCGCAAUAUUUACGCCGUACGUGGCCGCAUUUCAAUUGAACGAGCCAGAUUUCGACAAACGAUCUCGUGGAUUUGGCCAGGACCCAAUCGUAGUUAUUGAUAUGAUAGUGGACGUAACAUUCAUAAUAGACAUCCUUAUCAACUUCCGCACGACGUACGUGAACGCAGCUGACGAAGUGGAAUCUGAUCCCGCAAAGAUCGCCAUGCAUUACCUGCGAGGAUGGUUCGUCAUCGACCUCGUCGCAGCCAUCCCCUUCGACCUACUUCUCUUCGGCACCGACACCGAUGAACAGGGGCUGGAAAGUGAUGAGACGACCACACUCAUCGGUUUGCUGAAAACAGCGCGCUUGUUGCGACUGGUGCGUGUGGCGCGUAAAAUCGACAGAUACUCUGAAUAUGGUACCGCCGUCCUCCUUCUACUUAUGGCUACCUUUGUUCUUAUUGCGCACUGGCUCGCUUGUCUAUGGUACGCGAUCGGGAGCUGGGAGAGACCUCAGCUUCAUGCUCCCAUUGGUUGGUUGGAUGCUCUCGCUAAUGAUGUCCAAGCUUCAUAUGAUAAUUCUACUGGUCCGUCGAUGAGAUCUCGCUACAUCACAGCACUAUAUUUCACUUGUACGUCCCUAACGAGCGUCGGCUUCGGCAAUGUAGCACCAAACACGGAUAUGGAAAAGGGGUUUACGAUAUUCGUCAUGCUCGUAGGCUCUCUUAUGUACGCUAGUAUUUUCGGUAACGUAUCCGCCAUAAUCCAAAGGCUUUAUUCGGGGACAGCCAGGUAUCACACUCAAAUAUUGAGAGUACGAGAGUUCAUUAGGUUUCAUCAGAUUACUAAUCCCUUGCGGCAAAGAUUAGAAGAAUACUUUCAACAUGCGUGGAGUUAUACAAACGGGAUUGACACUUCGAGUGUUUUGAAAGGAUUCCCAGAGUGCUUACAAGCCGACAUUUGUCUUCAUUUGAAUAGAAAUUUAUUAGCGAAUUGCGCCGCGUUUGACGGCGCCAGCCCAGGUUGCUUAAGGGCGCUUUCACUAAGAUUUAAGACAACGCACGCACCUCCCGGGGAAACAUUAGUUCAUCGUGGCGAUGUUCUAACAUCUCUAUAUUUCAUAUCUAGAGGCUCUAUUGAAAUUUUAAAGGAUGAUAUCGUUAUGGCAAUUUUAGGCAAGGAUGAUAUAUUCGGGGAGAAUCCGUGCAUACACAGCACAGUGGGCCGCAGCAACUGUCGCGUGCGCGCGCUCACCUAUUGCGAUCUGCACCGAGUGCACAGAGACGACUUGCUGGACGUGCUCGACUUCUAUCCGGAGUUCCGCGCCUCCUUCGUCAAUAGCCUCGAAAUUACCUACAACAUGCGAGACGAAGAAUUAGGUGGUAUCGAACCACGUCGGCGCAUGCGCUACGAGAACCCUUGCGACGCCAGAUUGCUCCGUGAAGCGUACGCGCGCACAACUCGCCGCCCCCACACUGAGACAUUCGCUGACAAGGUGGAUUCUCAGUGUAGUGACGAAGAUACAGAAUCGCCGCCGAGUCGUGGAAUUUUAGAAUUCUCGGCAGACAAAGCCGGCCAAGAUGUCACACCUCUAAAUUUUAACUUUAGUAAACAACGUUCUACAACUUUAAACUCCAUUACAGGCAUGCUAGCGCAACUAAAACGGAGCUUCCCAGACCUCUACCACCAUAAAACCCACCAGCCGCUGCACAACAAAUACUCCCAAUCAACGCCUCAGACGUAUAGAGGAAGGGCCGCGGUGCGUCGGCAAUCGUCUGUAGGACCUCUCAAUGACACGUCGCCGCUGACGGGAGGCAUAGCGGCGGGUGAAGCAGCUGUCAGCACGCCCGCCCACAGCGCCACGCUGCCCGUCUCCAGCCUCAGCACAAACCCCAGUUCGUACUACACGAACGCAUCACCCAGCCCGCCGGCGCCUGCACCCGUCCACGUCUCCUGCGACGACAUACUAGCUCCUAGCGCGCCGCAGUCGGUCAGCCGCACGUCUCGAUCAGCGCCGCACUCCGCUGUCAAUUUACACCAGACGGGUAGACCGACCGCCCUCGCCUUCACAUCCGAAAGAGUACAGAACGCUAUGCAGGAUGUAAUAUCACCGCAGUAUCAAAAUGUAGGUGCCACGGCUACGGCUGCGUCGGUAGCGACGAUAUUGACGAGAUUAGAAGAACUAAGCAGACGGGUGGCCGUGUUAGAAACGGGUCUCACCGCAGACGUGCGACGCAUCUUGCAACUGUUACAAGCUCGCGAGGCACCACAUCAUAAUGCGCAACCUGCUCACACCCCUUCUCAACCCUUACCGAAAGCCUCACUAUCUGUACCCCAAACAACGGAGAGUCAAUGGGAGUGGAAUUGGAACGGUGAUCGGGAUCGUGGAGGACGUGGUGGGCGCGGAGAGCGCACCGAGCGUACGCCGGGAGUCCAGCGAUCAGCAUCGGAGCCGCACGCGCCUGUGCCACCAGCUCUGCCACCGCCACCGCACUCGCACUCUUUCUACAGGUAGUGUGAGGCAGGCGAGACGAGCGCUCCCCGCUCCCGGCCAUCGACGCGCUCGCUCGCAGAGUCCGCCUCGUGCGGCUCGCUGGCGGGCGGCUCGCCGGCCGCGCCCGAGCCGCCCGCGCCGGCGCACGGCGGCACGCGCAUGCCCGCGCCGCGGCCGCGCUUUCACUUCUGCCGGCGCAUCACGCGUGCGCGCCGCGACGACGCAAGGACCUUCCUCUGACGCGCCCGACCCGACGCAUGGACCAAUUUUGUACUUUCGUCGACGCCUAUAUCGACACGUCCUCGCGAUCUAUCGAGCGGACCGACGCUGGUCGCUCGCACCGAGUCCAUUUGUAUUUAAAUUACACGGCUUGAUGCCGUAGUAAGUAACUGAAUAGUGUCCAAGUUUGGGUCGAAUAAAAAUUGGCCUUAGUUCGAAAAAAUGUUCGCAUUCUUUAGUAUAACCGUAUUUGUAUAAUAUAUGAGUGUUUUGACUUGCAAUAAUCGGCGAAUGCAUCGGGUGCUUUAAUUUUGUUGUAGAUUACAACCAUUAUACAUAAUGACGAGUGGUUAUUUAUAAUAUACAAUAGCACUAUCUAAAGAUAUUAUGGAUUUCGUUUUUCGUUAGUCUAUCUGCAAUCGUCGACGUUCAACCCAGUCGAAGGAUUCCAUGGAUCUAAAUGAUAAUAUAAGUUUAGAUCUGAACUCAGCUGCACAGAAUGAAGUUAUAAGACUGAGAUACUACGUAAUACCGUGAACUGUAUUUCCAGAAGAGAGUAAACGAUAAACGCUUUCUACCCGUCCUUGCUCCUUGCCUUUACAUUGUAGCUAGGUAAUAUCUAACACUACUUUGAUCAAACAUUUUGGAAUGCUCCUUGUGGAAGUGCGUUUAUGAAAAUUUGCUUGUCAUAAUUAUAGACGUAUGUACCAUAUAAAUUUCGAUGUUACGUACCCAUGGAUAUUUUAUCAAACUAUUUUUUAAUUUAUUUACCCAAACUUUGACUGAAUAACGACUACUUUUGAUUACGAUUGUUUUCUAGUCAUACAUAAAAUUAAUUUAAUAAUGAAUCAAACUUGUUAGUAAGAGUUUUUUAUUUAAAUUUAUUUAUUUUAUUAAAUAUACAUAAUUAUAAAACAAUAAUAAAUAUAUUUAAAACUAAAUAAACGACAACUUUUAAGAGCGUAUUUCACGUAAUUUCGUUCAAUGUGUGAAUUAUUGCUAAAUUGUGGCUCAAAAAUUAUAUAUUUAUGUGUUAAUUAUAUAAUCAUAGUUACCAAGUAAGUCAUUUCGCCAAUAUAUUAUAUAAGCAAUAAUAAAAAUACAUAAUCGUAAGGGCAGAUCUCAAGACUAACAUUUCAGCAGCUGUACCACCACAAAUCUAAGCUUACUUUGAUUCUUCGCUUAAUCUGACCGUUCAUAUGUAGAACAUCGUAUACGUAUUACAUUUAUAAAGCCUGUUUCAUUUUUCAUAUUCGUUUUGCCGUAUGUUAUCGUGAUUGAAAAAUUACAUACACGAGCCAUAUAGUUCAACAGAAAGCACACAAAGCAAGCUAUUAAUUUCUAUCAAUGAAUGAAAUC